AUGUCAUUUUUAACGAAAGAACAACUUGAUAAAUAUGUUAGAGAUUUAGCUUCAAAAUCGCCAAAACCGACGUCUUCCAGUACGCAACCAAGGAGUUCACUAUUCAAAAUACCUCCAAACAGUCCAAGUCCAUCAACAAAUAGCUCAACAUUGACGGGAGAAAGAAAAGCUGGUGCUCUUCAUGGACCACGAUCUCCCCCUCUUUCUCAACGAAACAGUUUAAUCGCUACUACUUCACCUAGAGCAUCCGUUGUUAAUAAUAAUAAUUCAACAAAUACAAAUGAACCUACAAUUACGUCCAUUCCUGAAUCGAUUAAGGGAAAUUCAGUUUUUAAUAAUUCUUCAACCGUAUCUUCAAAUUCUUCUAUUUCAAAUGAUGAUAAAGAAAAAAACAUGUCUACUUAUAAAAGUAUUGAUGAUAUAGUAAAUGAUCUUUCUUAUCCUAUGGAGACUAAAUUAUCGUUUAAACCUACUACAUCACCUCCUCAAUCAAUAAGUAACAAUACUUCAACACCACCUCAAUCGAAAGGUAACAACUAUACCACGACACCUUCUCAAUCGAAAGGUAACAACUAUACUACAACACCUCCUCAAUCGAAAGGUAAUAACUAUACUACAACACCUCCUCAAUCGAAAGGUAACAACUAUACUACAACACCUCCUCAAUCAAAAGGUAACAACAAUAGUGUACCUCCAAAGGAACCAGAUGACCCAACAAAGGGUAGUUACGUUUUAUCUGCUGCAUUUAGAUCAUAUGAAUUACAAAAUCGUUCGGGUACUAAUUGGGGUGCUCGUUAUGAAGAAGCUCAACAAAAAUAUCCUCCCUUGGAUAAAUUAGAUAAAAAACUACCCUAUUCUCCUUCACCAAAGCAAGGUGACGAUAAGAAUAAUGAGUCUGCAGAAGUAACACCUAACAGUAGACAAAAUCCACUUGAUUGCGCUGGUUGUGGUAAAUCUAUAUCGGGUAAUAUGUUAACUGCUAUGGGUAAAAAAUGGCAUCCCGGUCAUUUUGUUUGUAAACAAUGUGGUAUCUCUUUGGAACAUGUCGCUUUCUUUGAAAAUGAUGGUAAUCCAUAUUGUCAUUUGGAUUUUCAUGAGCUAUUUAGCCCUAGAUGCGGACAUUGUGAAACGCCUAUUGAAGGAAAAUCUAUUUCUGCUCUUGGAAAAUCGUGGCAUCCAGGGCAUUUCUUUUGUAGAGAAUGUGGUAAUCCUUUUGAAGGAGGUUUCAUGGUUCAUGAAGGUUUUCCAUAUUGCGAAAAGGAUUGGACAAAAUUAUAUGCUCCAAAAUGUUUAGGAUGUAAAGAACCUAUUAGAGGAGAAUUUCUUAAUGCUUUAGAAGGAAUGUGGCAUAGAGACUGUUUUGCUUGCACGACUUGUAAAGAACCUUUUCAUGGUUCAUAUUUUUAUACUCAUGAAGGAAAGCCAUAUUGUGAUAAACAUUAUAAAAGUAUAAUGUCUUAA